GUAAGGUAAAAAAAGUCGCGCUCUCUGCAAUGGCGAUAAAACGCACCUCCUUGGCCAUUUGCUUCCUCUUUUCCUUGGCAACCAUAGCCACUGCUUACUACUCUCCCUCAUCUCCGCCGGUUCACCAAUCACCGGUUUACACCCACAAGCCUACACUCCCACCUCCAGUUUACACUCCACCAGUUUACAAGCCAACCCUUCCCCCUCCGGUCUACACCAUACCAACUCUUCCACCUCCCGUUUACACUCCACCGGUUUACAAGCCAACUCUCCCUCCUCCCGUCUACAAAAAGUCUCCAAGCUAUUCUCCUCCUUCAUAUGUCCCAAAACCAACUUAUUCUCCACCCACCAAGCCAUAUGUCCCAAAAACAACAUACACUCCACCCACCAAGCCAUAUGUUCCAAAACCAACCUAUACUCCACCCACGAAGCCAUAUGUCCCAAAGCCAACCUACACUCCACCCACGAAGCCAUAUGUUCCAAAACCAACCUACACUCCCCCCACCAAGCCAUAUGCCCCAGAGGUUCCUAAAGUCGUUGAUGGCAUCAUCCUUUGCAAAAACGGCUACGAAACCUACCCAAUUCAAGGAGCCAAUGCCAAGAUCGUAUGCUCCGAGCCAGGAUCAUAUGGGAAGAAGGAUGUUGUGAUCUACAGCAAUCCAACUGACUCUAAGGGAUACUUCCACGUGGCGUUGACCGACAUCAUCAAGAACCUACUUCACUGUCGUGUCAAGCUCUACGCAUCUCCAGUUGAGACUUGCAAGAACCCAACCAAUGUCAACAAGGGUCUCACCGGAGUUCCAUUGUCGAUGUACGGAUACCGUUACCACUCCGACAAGAACUUGAAGAUCUUUAGCGUCGGACCUUUCUACUUCACCGGUCCCAAGUCUGCUCCUACCACUCCCAAAUACUGAUGAUGAUCACAUUAAUAUGGUGAUGAACUUGCAUGCAUUAUAUAUGAGGUCACGUUGAUCAAUAUAUUGUUUGUAACCUUUCCCUUUCAAAAUGUCCAUUUGUUUCUUUGUACCAAUUUCAUUUGAUUUGUUGUCCAUUUGUUUCUUUGUACCAAUUUCAUUUGAUUUGUUGCAUUACCGAUGCAAUCUUUCUUCUUGGUUAUGUUAUUUUUUGCAAUUCUAUUUAAUAAAAUUGUCUGAGGAACAUAUUUGUUUUACCUAUGCAACGCCCAAUAAACCAUAGUAUACGAGUCCAAUGCUAUACGGUCAUUAUUCAUUAACAAUAGAUUAGUUGCACGAUAUAACUAUCUAUCUAGUAUAUAUUUUACCAAAAACAAUUUUUUUUUA